UCUGAAUAUUCUUUUGGUCUCUUCUUCUUCUUUGCUCCCUAUUAAAGGAUCUAGAAACCCCUUCACAACAGUGAGAUAUCGAGAGAGAGAGAUACAAGUCUCUCCUCAAGAUCACUAUUACCACAAAAGAGAAGUAUUCAUGGAUCUAGAAGAUUGGGAGUUACUCCCCAAGAAUCUCUACAAGGGUCUCGAUCUCGAUCACGACGAGGAUCAUGAGGCAGCGAUGAGGAUCAUCAGAAACACAGACAAAAGCUUUGACAUGGAUUACUUCAUCUGUCCAACACAAGAUCCUGUCGGAAAAACAGAGUUCCAUAGAAGACCAAGCGUGGUCCCCACACAGCUUCUCCAAGUUCCCGUAAACUGGGAACCUGUGUACACGGUGGAAGACACAGAUCACAAGAAGAACCAGGAUCCGGAUCCGGAACUGUUGACGGAAUCUGUUCCGUCACCGAGAAUAACCUUCAAAACAGCGAAGGAAAACGAAUUUGUCGACAUGAAAAUAGACUUGCCAGCGAGGUUCACAAGUCCUCUGCCUCAGAGAGAUGACAAACAUUCUGUCUCAGGAAGAGUGUUAGCAGCAGGAGAGUACUAUGGUGAGAUGGGAAAAGAGGUUGAAGAAGGUGGUGACGUGAGGAGCAAGAAAGAGGUUUGUUGGGAUGAAGAGGAGAACAUACGCGGUGAAAAAAUGAAUUUAUGGAAGAUGAGUCUUCAUGGAAUUGGAGCUAUAUGUUCAUUUAGUGUUGCUGCCGCUGCUGCCACCUUCUGUGUCUUCUUCCUUGGACACAACAAUAGUAGCAUCCACGGUUGUCGGAACAAGAACCAGAUCUACUCUGAUGAUAAUAAGCGAACGAAGGAAGUAGUGAAACAUGCAACAAAACUAAAUGAAGCAAUCUCAGUGCUGAAAGGCCUUCCGGUGGCGAGAGCUCAAAUAUCUUUUGGAGGACACUAUAAUGGACUUUGAAAUCAUAGCCAUUCUCACCCGUUUAUAGAUACAUCAGAGCCAAAUAUUAUCUACUGUUUUAUUACCAUGGGCUCUAUAGCUUAUAUACACUAGUAUGAAUUUAGGAAAUUCAAUAUGGUAUGAUGUUUGUAAAAUUUACAUUAUGUGUCCAGAUAUAUGAACGAUGACGAUAUACUGUAGACUUAUUGAGUGGUUUUAUAAAACCGACCAUGCAUUAACAUGUUCC